AUGGCCAAGUUCUCUCACGAGGCUGUCUUCGAGGCCGCCUACCAGGCUGGCGAAAUCCCGGGUGUGGCCCUUGUGGCGGCUGAUGCCACGGGGAAGUUCAGAUAUGAGAAAUCAUUUGGCAAGACGGCUCACGGGGAGCCAUUCAAGACAGAUAGUGUUGUGUGGAUGGCAUCCUGUACGAAACUUAUGACAUCAGUAGCAGCUUUGCAACAAGUCCAACGAGGACAUAUUGGCUUAGAUGAGGAUGUCGGUAAGGUGCUCCCGGAAGUCGCCGCGUUGAAGGUCUUGAAAGAUUUUGAUGCGGAAGGAAAGCCCAUUUUUGAAGACAGAAAAGAGCCGGUCACUUUGAGAAACCUACUCCCCCAUGCCAGUGGACUUACCAUGGAAAUGUUCUCCCCUAAGCUUCAACAGCUGGAGAAAUUCACAGGCCCUCCUACGAGUCCUCCCAAGGACAUCGUGACCGAGCUCUCGCGACCGCUCGUUUUCCAGCCUGGAAAAGGCUGGCAAUACGGCUCAAGCCUAGACUGGGCAGGUAAACUCGUUGAGCGGGUUUCCGGACUGUCUCUUGAGGAAUAUAUGAAGACCAACAUCUGGGGUCCGCUUAACAUGCAUCACAUUACCUUUGCCCCUGAUUCAAGGCCAGAGACGAAGUCGCGCAAAGUGGGAAUGACUCUCAGGGACGAGGAUGGAAAGCUACACCCUACAACAGAGGGCUACCUGUUCCAAUAUGGAGACAGGGAGGAUGCGUACGGCGGGGCAGCGGGCUGGGGAUCCGCAGAGAGCUAUUUGAACAUACUACAGAGCCUAUGCGCAAACGACGGCCGGGUCCUGAGCAAAGAGCUCGUCGAGGAGAUGUUCCGGCCGCAGCUGGGACCCGAGGGCAAGGAGACCUUGAACAACAUACUCCAUUCCGACGAGAACUCUCGACGAGUUUUGGGUAAUACGUUUGAUAUGGACCACCAGGUGAUGGACUACGGACUCGGCGGAGAGAUCGGCCUUAAAGACGAAGUUGGCAGAAGACAGGCCGGGACUAUGUCUUGGGGUGGCCUGCCGAAUUUGAUAUGGUGGAUUGAUAGAAAGAGUGGCUUGUGCGGCGCGUUGUUCACAAACCUGAUACCGGUGGGAGACGCGAAAAUUGUCGAGUUGAUGACGCAGUUUGAGCUGUCAGUCUAUGAGCAUUAUGAAGAAUUUAAGAAGCAGUAG